AAUUUCUUCAUCAACUCAAUCAUCAUCAAACUUGAGAUUUUUCUGCUCCUCCAAAGAUACAAACAAAGAAGUUCCGAUUAUUUCUCCUGAUUUGAAAUUGCUUUUCCCCGGAAAAUAUUAUGCUAAUGAAGAGUUUGAUAAGAUGGUAGAAGAUUACAGGAACGGGAAUAAAAAAAUGCUUCGAAUACUUCUGGAAGCUAUUAUGGUUAGGAAAAUAUCAGGGAAGCAUGCUGAUGGUGCUGAUAAAGAGAUUUAUGAAGAAAUUAAAAAAGAGAUAAAAGACCGUGAAAAUUAUCUGAACGGGAAGGAAUUUUACUAUUGUCCCCUUCGUGAUCGUAUUAUUAUUGAGCAAGCACAGGAGAUUUCACAGGCCAAACAAUUGCAGAUUAAGGAGAAGUGGAAGGCGAUUCUUCAGCAAAUACGAUCAGUUGAACAAGUCAACCAGCCAGCUCAGCAGCUGGUAUAGUAGCAUUUUAGAGGAAUGUGGAAUCCUUUUAUCUGCUUUUGCUCAUUAGUCUUGGUACUUGGUGUCAGAAAAAACUGAAGCAGCACUACUGUUGUAAUUGCUAGGCUUGCUAUGUUUAUCUAAAUAAAAGUGGUAAAUCAGGAUUGGAUGGUCAUUCUGACUCUUGUGACCUCUAUUAUGCUUCCUGCUGAAGAUAUUUUAUGAAAAGAUUGUCUGCCUGGUCUAGCCUUUCUUCUUUUUUUUCUC